UUAUGGUGCAUUCAUUAUGUAGAGAAGUUGAUCACUCCAUUAAUCUUCUUCAAUUAUUAGUUUGUUUUGAAUUACAAAUAUUUUGGAUAUGUGAUUAUUAAGCAAUUGAAGUAGGAAAAAUGAACGUUUAAACUAAGACUAUGUACACUUCAUUAUUUCGUAAUUUUAUAGUGUGAAGAUGCUAGAAUUGCAUGAUAGAGCUAGAUGAUUAUUCUAAAAUAAAGAAGAAACAUAAUCUGAUGUGAAGAGUAGAAAAUUUGCAUACUUUUGUACAGUUCUGCUAGAUUACAAACGGGUUCAGAAAGGCUUGAUUUUCUCGAUCAGCUAUUAAAGAAAGUACCCUAGAGGGUGUCAUGGGGAUGAGCAAAACUGAAGUGAAUUUGAAGAGGUUACUUGUAACUGCACCACAACAGCAAAAUCAAGCAAAGCUUAUACAUGUAUGCACAGUAUGUUGCCACUUUGAGGGAACUACUGGAGCAGUUGGCUGAAGAGAGGAAUCCUGAUGGAUUACCAAGGAUUUCAAAAGCCAAGGUGAAUGAAUAUGCUGAGAACAUUGAGGCUGUUGCUGCCAAGUUAGCUGUGCCCACGUCUGAUGUGCAUACACCCAAGGAACCUGAGGGUGAGAUUUCCAGCAGUGGAACUCCUAAAGCAGAAGGAAGUGUGAAUUCUGCUUCUGAAGGAUUGAGAAGAAGAUUUGGGUACUUGCAUGGGGUCCAUUCAAACAAUGAGGAGAAAUCCCGAGAUACCAUUGAUUCUGAUCAAUCAUCAGCUGCAGUUAAACUGGAUGAUGCUGCACGGACACAUAUUGAGAAGCACAGGAAACUUCAGGAGGAUUUGACUGAUGAAAUGGUUGUUUUGGCACGGCAGCUCAAAGAGAGCAGUCUCAUGAUGAAUCAAUCCAUCAAAAACACCGAGAAAAUACUUGAUUCAACUGAGAAAGCAGUUGAGCAUAGCCUGGCAAGCACAGGGCAUGCAACUUCCAGAGCAAUGGAUGUGUAUUCGCGAAGUUUCAAGACAACAUGCUUCCAGUGGCUUUUGAUCUUUGUCAUGACAUUAGUCUUUGUCAUGGUUGUAUUACUUAUUCGAGUGACUUAGCGGCCAACCCUUUUUGUAACUGAAGAUAUAAUAGAACUCUUGCCUUUUCCCUAUCUUUGUAUAGUACUAGAAGAUAAUUCAUUUGUAAGGGACAUGUUCAGAGGAUAAACAAUUCUAUAGAUGCUGAAAGAGAAAUGCAUAACUUCUGCAUUACUUUCCCUUACUUGGUCUGUUUAGGCAAGCGGUUGGGAGGCCAAAAACAUUUUAUUUUUUUCUUAGAAAAAAAUACUCUCUUCUUUUUUGUUCUCUGAGAAAUGAGGUGUAAAAUUGUUUUUAAAUAGAAGCAGAAACAGUUUUGUGCGGAGC